AUGGACGACAGCGAUUCAGAUGGUCCUAACGAACAGGCUUUCGCAAUUGACGACUGCAACAACAAUGACAUUGAUCUCAGUGUUCCACCAACAUCGGGCACUGAGUACCUUCGCCGUGUGCGGCAAGAGGCGAUGGAAUAUCCCAAAGUUGUUGUAGCUGAUCUAGAUACCAGUCUAUUUAUACCUCGUCAAACAGUAAAAGUUUCAGAGCCUGGAGGCCUGUUGCCUGUGCCUGCAAAUUACAAGGCUCCCAUGUCAUGGCAGAGAUUACAAGUGGCAGAAUUUGCCAGUCUGCGGCAGAAACUGAUCCAGUUCAGAGCUUUAGUCAAACUCAAGAAGAUUGCAGUGCCAGCACCAAAGCUGCCACAUGCUACACAUGCUCAAGGCUGGUGUAAGCUCUGUUUUGGCAGACUGAAGCCAAAGUCUGAACUAUUGAAUACAUCCUCUGAGGCAGCUGGGGAACGGCCCCUCCUAGAAAGUUCUGAAAGUGAAGGGACACCACCCUUGUUACACAUUGUGGCACACAUGGAUCAGCAACUGGUAACCUGUGUGCUGGAAUACCACAUCAACUGGCUCGAGGCAACAGGUUUCACAUCCAGGCAGGGUCAGUGGUUUUAUGCCUUGCUAGCCAGUCUACAGAAGCCUCUCACCCCUGAGGUCUGUUCAUGGAUUCGACGACUGGCUCGCUUGUGUUCAAACAUUCGUGCUUCACUGGAGAGCUCCAGUGAUCCACGCCUGAAUGAGUUGAAUUUGAUCAUCUGCCUGGUUUCACGUUACUUCGAUCAGAGGGACCUGGCUGAUUCCUGGAACAGUUAA